GUCGCCGCUCCCCGAACCUUGCUCUAGCAGGCCGGCUUCACUGUCCAAUGUCCGCCUGGAGCGGGGAGGAGGAGCUUGCGUAGUGUGCGUGUGGGGAGGGAGGCGGGGGCAGAGGGCUUUGGCCCCUGGUGUUUGACCCUUCGGUCUGUGCCGGUGAAGAAAAGCUGGAGGAAGAGGUCCGGAGCAGCGGCGGCCGAGAUGUUCCGGUGUGGAGGCCUUGUGGCGGGUGCUUUCAAGCAGAAACUGGUGCCCUUGGUGCGGACAGUGUGCAUCCGAAGCCCGAAGCAGAGGAACCGGCUCUCAGGCAACUUGUUCCAGCGAUGGCAUGUUCCACUAGAACUCCAGAUGACUCGACAAAUGGCUAGCUCUGGUGCAUCGGGGGGAAAAAUGGAUAAUUCUGUAUUAGUCCUUAUUGUGGGCUUGUCAACAAUAGGAGCUGGUGCAUAUGCCUACAAGACUAUAAAAAAUGACCAGAAACGAUACAAUGAAAGAAUCUCGGGGUUAGGGCUGACACCAGAAGAGAAACAGAGAAGAGCUGCAUUGUCUGCUCCAGGAGAGCCACCAGUUCCUCAAGUCAUUGUACCAAGUCAUGUUCCUUUCCUGCUUAUCGGUGGAGGCACUGCUGCUUUUGCUGCAGCCAGAUCCAUCCGGGCUCGGGAUCCUGGGGCCAGGGUACUAAUUGUGUCUGAAGAUCCUGAACUGCCAUACAUGCGACCCCCUCUUUCAAAAGAACUGUGGUUUUCAGAUGACCCAAAUGUCACAAAGACACUGCAAUUCAGGCAAUGGAAUGGUAAAGAGAGAAGCAUAUAUUUCCAGCCACCUUCUUUCUAUGUCUCUGCUCAGGACUUACCUCACAUUGAGAAUGGUGGUGUGGCUGUUCUCACUGGGAAAAAGGUAGUACAGCUGGAUGUAAGAGGCAACAUGGUGAAACUUAAUGAUGGCUCUCAGAUCACCUAUGAAAAGUGCUUGAUUGCAACAGGAGGCACUCCAAGAAAUCUGUCUGCCAUCGAAAGGGCCGGAGCAGAGGUGAAGAGCAGAACGACACUUUUCAGGAAGAUUGGAGACUUUCAAGCCUUGGAGAAGAUCUCACGGGAAGUCAAGUCGAUUACAGUUAUCGGUGGGGGCUUCCUCGGUAGCGAACUGGCCUGUGCUCUUGGCAGAAAGGCUCGAACCUUGGGCAUAGAAGUGAUCCAGCUCUUCCCUGAGAAAGGAAACAUGGGGAAGAUCCUCCCUGAGUACCUCAGCAACUGGACUAUGGAAAAAGUCAGACGAGAGGGGGUAAAGGUGAUGCCCAGUGCAAUUGUGCAGUCAGUUGGAGUCAGUGGCGGCAAGUUGCUCAUCAAGCUAAAAGAUGGCAGGAAGGUAGAAACUGACCACAUAGUGGCAGCUGUGGGCUUGGAGCCCAAUGUUGAGUUGGCCAAGACUGGAGGACUGGAAAUAGACUCCGAUUUUGGGGGCUUCCGGGUAAACGCAGAACUACAAGCACGCUCUAACAUCUGGGUGGCAGGUGAUGCUGCGUGCUUCUAUGAUAUAAAACUGGGUAGGAGGCGCGUAGAGCAUCAUGAUCAUGCUGUUGUGAGUGGAAGGUUGGCCGGAGAAAAUAUGACCGGAGCUGCUAAGCCCUAUUGGCAUCAGUCCAUGUUCUGGAGUGAUUUGGGUCCCGAUGUUGGCUAUGAAGCUAUUGGCCUUGUGGACAGUAGUUUGCCCACAGUUGGCAUUUUUGCAAAAGCAACAGCACAAGACAACCCCAAAUCUGCCACAGAGCAGUCAGGGACCAGUAUCCGCUCAGAGAGUGAGACAGAGUCAGAGGCCUCCGAAAUCUCCAUUCCUCCUGGCACCUCUACAGUCCCCCAGGCCCCCGGCGAAGGGGAGGACUACGGCAAAGGCGUCAUCUUCUACCUCAGGGGCAAAGUGGUGGUGGGAAUCGUGCUGUGGAACAUCUUUAACAGAAUGCCAAUAGCGAGGAAGAUCAUUAAGGAUGGGGAGCAGCAUGAAGACCUCAAUGAAUUGGCCAAACUUUUCAACAUUCACGAAGAUUGAAGGCCCACGCUGGACUCGACAGACAGCAUUUCUCCAUCCCUGGCAGAGGGUGGGAUGGGUAAAGGAGCAUUUUUUAUUCAGCAGACUUUCUGAGCAUAUGAAUGCGAAUGAUCAAUUUCUCUGUGAAUAUUUUCAGCCAUGUAGGAGACUUCUUAAUAUUCACAUGCAAUAAAAUCUGAUUCUUCUAAA